UCAUUGGGUACAGUCCUUGCUCAACAGAGCCCUCUAUAAAUACCCCCUCAUUGCUGAGUACUGCAUCCAGUUUCUGAAGAGAAGAGGUUCAGAGCGAAGACAAAGCUGCCAUGGCUCCCUCAACCUCAGAAUAUGAAAACUUUGAAAAUGCCAUCUUGAAAGGAAUCAGUUUGCUGGUUUCAUAUCUAUCCUCUCUCAAGUCAGGCAUGAAGGACCUUGAGGAGAUAAAAAAACAGAUCUCCUCUGCCCAUGAGCAAGUUAUAGAUGCAAAGAAGAAGGCAGAAACCCAAGAAAGUGAACUCGAAUCCCAAAUUGGAAAAUUGAACAUUGAAAAGCAACACAUGGAGCAUAAAAAGAAAAAAAUGGAAAUGGAGCAUGAAAAGUUAAGCAAAGUACUGGAACAGUAUAAGAAGGAUGAAGAACAGGAAACAGAAGAUAAGAUCAAAUGUGAGGAAGAUCUGGAAGAUGCUAAGGAGACAAAAAAGGAGAAGGAAAAGCAUCGUACAAUGCUAAAACUCCUCUACCUCAUGUUCCUCCUUCUAUACAUUGUCUUUGUGUCGAUGGAAAAUUUCCCAAUACCCUUCAAAGAAAUUGUUGAGAAACUGCAUUCAUUAACUGUAUCUAUCAUAGGAUUGAUUUGGUAUUUUCUGAAUGGUAUAGAGAACAAGGUGCUGGUGUCUCGUGAAGAAAUUUUCCAGUGCAAAAUCACAAUCCGUGCCUUGAAAAAGGCAGUUUCUGAAUUGGAGAAAAAGAAAAAAAAAACUGAAGAGAAGCUUGAGGAGAUCAAAAGGGAAAUCGUCAAUGCCUCUGAUAUGUCAGAACAGGAAAAGCCGAUAGAUAUGCUGGAGAAAAAGAACAGGACAGAGAAGUAUAAAAAAUACCUGCAGAUGCUGGCUGAGAGACUCAAAGUUUGCAGUGCAAUGGUUGAAUAUGAAUCAAAAGAAAAUUUGAGCAUAAUUUGGACGAAGCCAUUACCAUGGGUGCAAGAGGCUGAUGAGGAAAUUUGCAGUUCCCAAGUUAGACAGAACAUAAGGGACCAGAUCAAGAAGCUAAAAGAUGUUUUAACAAGUAAAUAAAGAACACCUUUUUUUAGUGCCAUGAUGGGCCCAGGGCAGGAGGGAGAACGUAAAAUACCAAGGGCCUGAUUUUGUUCCCACUUAUUCUAGAUUUAAACCAGGAUCACUGAGAUCAGUGUCAGGCCCUUAAACCAUAAGUAUCAAUGGAGAUCAGUCCUUUGACACCACUAUUUAAAUAAGCUUGGGUCUUUGGGACGAUUCUGGGAGGUUUCUCACUGGUACUCUUUGCCUAAUGCUCAGCUCAGGUACAUGACCUGAUACUUCUGCAGGCAUGGAUAACAUUGCUCUACUUCAGGGAACACCUUACUAUCAAUUUUUUCCCCUCUUAUUAGAUUUCCAAUGUCAGCAUCUUCCUGUUGUCUUGUACACAAAUCUGUCAACUUUCUGGCUUCUCCUAUAUUUGGGGUUGAUUCACUCCUACCUGUCUCUACUGCUGAUACUGACUAUAACUCUACCACUUCAGCAUUAGGUUCAAUGUCCACUGUGUAAAGGACUACAGUACAAGGUAUCAGCAUUCUGGUACUGCCUGCCAGGGUAAUGCACUCUUUGGUAGUUAAACUCAACCAGCUGUUCCAACCAUCUAGCCAGAUGUCCUUCAGUUUGUUUAAAAUUGUGUAGCCACUGGAGAGAACUGUCUUCUCAGAAGGAAACACCAAAAAUAUUUGAUAAAGGUCACCCCGGCAAGCAAUUCCUUUAUUGUAGUUACAUAUUGACAUUCAACUUUGUUUAAGGCAUGGUGCAUAUAGGCUAGGACCUUUUUCCUGGCCUCCUUCAAUGUGUGACAAAACAGUUCUGAUACCAACGUCACUUGCAACAGUGUCCAACAAGAGUGGUAACUGAGGAUAAGAAUAUGAUAAAAUAUUGGACAACAUCAACCACCAUUUUUGCUCUAGAAAGGCAUCUUGACAUUCCCUGGUCCAGAUGAACUUUGCCUUGUUGGAGAGCUUAUGUAAUGGGCUUCCAAUGGUAAGAAAAUGUGGCACAUUUUUUUUUUUUUUUAUAAUAGGAGGCUAGCCCAGAGAAGCUGUGCAGUUCUGUUACAUUUCAAGGUACUGGACAGGCUUUAACAGCCUCCACCUUCUCUGGGUCUGGUCCUACCCACUCUGUGGAGAUAAUUGUAGCAGGAAGUUACCUAACAUAGCUGAUGUUAACAUAGAGUGUAGUAAUAGUGAAAUGUAACCAUGUUAGUCUUGUCCUGUAAGCAUCUUGAAAACUCUAUUUUGUAUCUUUCUGCUUGACAUAAGUGAAUGAACUCUGCAUAGCCUUUAUGUAUGAGUGUGUGUAAAAGGGUGAAUGGUGAGAGAAUGACAUAGAGAUGGAAGAAGAAGAUUUAACUGUCUGUGUAAGCAAGAAGGCACCAAAUGUAAGUUACUGGUAAGUAAACUAAUUAAUUAAUGGCUCAAGAAUCCCUUUCAGGCCUAGGGUGCAAAGAAAAUAACAAGGAGAAGGAAUGCACCCAUCCUGCCAAAUGGGCAGCAAGGACACUCCAAGGCUGAAAUACCAACUUUGAUGACCAAACUGACCUCAAGCUGAGAUAAGCUGCAGAUGAAUGAAGAACAACUGUAAGAACAGAAGCUGGGUAUGGAAAAAACCCAAAGCACUGAAACAAAGGAUGCCAACCCCUACAAAAGAGAACUUUGAGAAUGCCAAGUUGAGUGAGUCUCUCAACUGCUGCUUCAUCAUAGCACAGACACAUCUGUUUCACCCAGCUCCAAGCUGUUAUCUACAGGAUCUUUCUCUCAUAAUUACCACUCUACCUGCUAUCUGCAUCUUCUCUCAAUAGGGUCUGGGCCGGCCACCCAGUGCUAUUAUUGAACAACUGCUGCUAGUAACUAUAAUGUCUGAAUUGAAUUAUUAUUUUGUGUUUGUGUAUGCCUGUAUGUAAGUUUUGUGCAUGAUAUUUGUGUGUGUCUAUAUGAAUGGUGUAUCCAAACAUCUAUGUCUAAUUCAUGUAAUCAAUAAAUGCAGCAUUUUGCUUUA